GAGUAGUGUGAGAGUGUGCUGUGUUGUGUGCCCGAGUGGUUUAAGCGUGCUAUAUAUCCGUUUGUUAACGGCGCAACCGGGAACUCUGUGUGUCAAGGAGGGAAAAAACCUUCUCCUUCUCCCGUGAUAGAGAGAGGGCCGAGGGAGUGCCAUGCGUUACGAAUCUACAGCAUCUUCGCAUGACGACCGUUUAGUUCAUCAUUCGAGAAACGACACGCUGUUCAUCGCGACUGAAUUCAAUCACUAAUUUGGGAUCGUUUGUACCAGUUCGAAUACGACCUGGGCUUUUAUUCACAGAGACGCUGAAAGAAAGACUAAAAACAUGGGAUGCAAUAUGGGCCGAUGCCUAGGUCCAGACGAUACGGGGUACCCUGGAUCAGAAUUCAUGGCAGCCAUUAGGAAGAAACUGGUUAUUGUGGGUGAUGGUGCUUGUGGUAAAACAUGCUUACUCAUAGUCUUCAGCAAAGACCAGUUUCCUGAAGUUUAUGUACCUACAGUGUUUGAGAACUAUGUUGCAGACAUUGAAGUUGAUGGGAAGCAGGUUGAACUGGCUCUCUGGGAUACAGCUGGACAAGAAGAUUACGAUAGGUUGCGUCCAUUGUCAUAUCCCGACACAGAUGUAAUUCUAAUGUGUUUCUCUAUCGAUAGUCCCGAUUCCUUGGAGAACAUUCCCGAGAAGUGGACACCAGAGGUGAAACACUUCUGCCCAAAUGUGCCCAUUAUCCUUGUUGGAAACAAAAGAGACUUGCGCAAUGAUCCUAAUACCAUUAAGGAGCUUAGCAAGAUGAAACAAGAGCCAGUUAAGCCAGAAGAAGGUAGAGCUAUGGCCGAAAAAAUCAGUGCUUUUGCUUAUCUUGAAUGUUCUGCUAAAAGUAAGGAUGGUAUUAGGGAAGUAUUUGAAACAGCCACUCGGGCAGCGCUACAAUUCGUAGGUAAAAAAGAAGAAGAAGGGAAGAUGUUGGCUCCUAUAAUUCUUGAACUAUCACCAAUAACGAGACAACACUAAUGGAAUUGCUAGUUGCAAUGAAGCUAGUUGUUAUGCCGGAGACCCCCAGCGGAAACCAUAAUAUAAUAACAACUUAUCUUUAAUUAUUUUACACAAUAAAACAAAUCUAUAAAAAAAAGAAAAACAACUACAAAAUACGCCCACAGUAUAAAAAAAACUCAUUGAUGAAACCGGAGACUUAAACUAUUGACUAAAUUUAAUACAAGUAUAUGUGCUAUAUAUGAGAAACUAUAAUGUAUAUUGUAAUGACUCCUUGAUUGUAUUUUUUAAUGGUAAUGAAUUGUGCUUCGAGUUUAAACAAUUAAACAAUUGUCAUACCAACUAUUUACAAUUACGGUACAUAACUAUCUAUAUCAUUGUAGUAAUUAUUACUAUUAUUAUUAGUAUUUCAUUACUAUUAUAUGCAUUCUACAUCUCUUUUUUUUUAAUCGUAGUUGCUGUUUAUUUUUGAUAAUAAAAAGAAAGUGGAAAGAAGGGAAGAAAAGAGUUGGGGGAAUUCGUAACAAAGUAUAAAAAGAGAAAAGGGGGAGAGUAUAAGUGUAGUAUGCAAUGCAAAGUCAUAGAAAGCAAUGUAAGAAUUUAAAACAAAAUGUUAAGAAUUCCAAAUGUUGCGUCGCUAUUUUAUUGAACCAUCGCAUUAUUUCUAUAUUUCUUAAACAAAAAAAAGUAACGAACUUUAUAUUAUGAAAUUGCGUAAGUAGACCAGCGGAUCACUUUGAUCUUUAAGAUACCAA